AUUUUGAUAAGAAAAUAUUACGAAACUUGAAAACAACAUUAAAUUUGUGUUUAGCAUCCUAAUGAGCAAAAACUAUAAAAUUUUUUAUUAAUUAUGAAAAAAUUAGUUAACUGAAACCUUGAUUCAGAAACAUCGAGCAACUUGUUAGUAAACAAAACCGUUCUAAAUAUUGAACUGAAAAAAUUCUUUAGCUCCAGUUUUUUAAAAUUUUUUAGGCUUGUUGUAUUGAAGAUUUUAUAGUGUUGGUUCGACCACGUUGAUUAAGUAUUUAAAGUGGAUAUUUACGUUUCUUUGUAAACAUGACUAUGGCGAUCAACAUUUUACAAGUUCAUAUAUCUUCAAGUUAACUAUUAUUAUAUCAUAUUUCAGACCUAUAUUUUCAUGCCUUACAAAAAUUAUACUUUUUUUUGGCUCUUUAAGUAUCUCUAAAGCUGAAUAUCAUGAUUACUCUAUUAAGACAAAUUUCCCGCAACCGUAAACCAUUUUUACAAUGUUUUCGAUGUAUAUACAUAAAGGACGGGAUAUGGUCCAAGGAAUUAACUAAUGAUGUUAAAAAGGAAAUUGAAAGCUAUUGGAAAGAUGAGAUAAAUAAACCAUUUCCAAAUAAAAAGGAGGCUGAAAAGUAUUAUUUAUUAUCUAUGUUUCCUUAUCCAUCUGGUAAUCUACAUAUGGGACAUGUCAGGGUAUACACCAUAAGUGAUGCAAUAGCACGUUUCCUCAGAAUGAAUGGAAAAAAGGUAAUUCAUCCAAUUGGAUGGGAUGCUUUUGGUUUGCCUGCAGAAAAUGCGGCUAUUGAAAGAAAUAUUUAUCCUUCUGAUUGGACUAAAAAGAACAUUGCUACAAUGAAGCAACAAUUGAAAGGACUCAAUAUUAGCUUUGAUUGGGACACAGAACUAACUACCUGUGAUGCAUCUUAUUAUAAAUGGACGCAAUACUUAUUCCUCUUGAUGUUUGAAAAAGGAUUGGCUUACAAAAAAGAAGCUCUUGUGAAUUGGGAUCCUGUCGAUCAGACUGUUUUAGCCGAUGAACAAGUUGAUGAAAAUGGUCGUUCUUGGCGAUCUGGGUGCAAAGUUGAGAAGAGACGUCUCUCUCAAUGGUUUUUGCGUACUUCUGAAUUCUCUAAAGAUCUUUAUGAAGGAUUAAGUGAUCCUAGUUUAGUGGAAUGGAGAGAUGCAAUCAAAAUUCAAAAACAUUGGAUUGGUGAACCUGAUGGUUACAUAUUCCAUUUCAAAGCCUUUCACAAUGGGGAAUAUUUAAAUGAUGAUUUCACAGUUUGGACAAAUGCACCAGAACUGGUAUAUGGUGCUUCAUUUGUGGGUGUCUCACCCAAUCAUCAUUUUAAUUCAACUGAGUUUGGAGGUGGUAAAGUUGGGUGUGAUCAGAAAUUGAAUAUCACUGUUCAUAAUCCUUUUAACGGCUUACAUCUCCCAGUCAUAGUCUCCGAAAAUUUGGAUCAUAGUUCAGCUACUGAUUCAUUCUUAGGUGUUCCUGAUUCUGAUGAUACAAAAUUUACUAAAUUUGUAACAAAACACAGAACUAAUACUGUUGACAUUGCUGACAACUCAAGCCGCUUAAAAAAUUCUGGAGAGUUAUCUGGGUUGAGUAGAGAAGAAGCCAAAAGUAAAAUUCUUGAUGUUGCUCAAAGACUUAAUGUGAAAGUUUAUAAAGCAAGUAAAAAGCUAAGAGAUUGGCUAAUAUCUCGUCAACGCUACUGGGGCACUCCUAUACCAGUCAUUUACUGCACAUCCUGUAAAGUUGUACCUGUUGAUAAACAAGACUUACCCGUUCAGCUCCCAGAACUUGUAGAAUUUAGUGGAAAAUCUAGUUCUCUGAAAGCGGCCCAGGAUUGGGCAAAUAUUAAGUGCCCAAGGUGUGGUUGUCCUGCUAAAAGAGAAACAGAUACGAUGGAUACAUUUGUUGAUAGUUCAUGGUAUUUUUUACGAUAUUUAGAUGUAGAGAAUCAGUCACUACCAUUCAGUGUUGAUAAAGUUAAUAAAAACAUGCCUGUCGAUUUGUAUAUUGGAGGCAAAGAGCAUGCUGGUUUGCAUAUGUUUUAUGCAAGAUUUAUGAGUCGAUUUCUCCAUUCUGUUGGGUUAUUACGUCAUCCUGAGCCGUUUCUACAACUUUUGAUGCAAGGAAUGGUUAUGGGUAAAAGCUAUCGCAUAAAAGAUUCUGGAAAAUACGUAACUAAAGAUGAAGUAGACUUUUCUGGCCCCACUCUAUUGGAAAAAUUCUCUGGCUCUCCUGUUAUUGAAGACUGGGAGAAAAUGAGCAAAUCUAAAUAUAAUGGAGUUGAUCCACAAAAAGUUAUUGAUGAGCAUGGUAUAGAUACAGCAAGGUUAUUUAUAUUAGGAAGUGUUGCACCACAGUCACCUAGGAAAUGGAAUGAAGACUUAUUUCCAGGCAUCCAAAAUUGGCAAUGGCGGCUGUGGUUGACUGUUGCAGACUUUUUAGAGCAACAAAAACAAUCUAACCUUUCAAGGUCAUUACCUGAAGAAGAAAUUAAAAAAUAUGAAGAUCAGCUUUGUGAUGCUAGAAAUUUUUAUGUAAAAGGUAUUACCCACAAUUUCAUUAAUACCAGACAACUUAGUGUAGCUAUUGCUAAACUACAAGGUUUGACUGGUGAAUUAAGACGAAUCCCUAAAGUCUUAGCGCAGUCUCAUGAAUUUGGAAGAUGCUUAGGAGAUCUUAUUAUAAUGUUAGCACCAUUAGCACCUCAUUUUUCUUCUGAAUUAUGGAGUGCAUAUUGUGGCGCAGUUACAAAUUCUAAUUAUUCUUAUGACUUAGUAAAAAUCUCCUGUUUUGCUUCAAAAUUGGCCUAAAAUGGAUGUGAAUUGCAAUAUGCAGAUUAACAUAAAGCUGAAUGGUGAUGAUUGUGAUUGUAUACCCAUUUCCCGCCUGGAAUUACUCAACUUAUCUGAAGAAAAAGCAAUCAGCAUAGCUUUAUCUCGUGAGAAAGUGUUAGAUAAUCUGAAUGGCGCAAAAGUGAAGUACGUUCGCUAUAAAAUCUGGCCUGAUUAUGAUCCUGAAGUACAAAUAAUAUUUAAGCCAUUAGGAAAAAAGUCAAAGAAGUAUAAACCCUUCAAAAAUUCAAUGACUGCAUAGAUUUUUUUUGUGUCAACGAAACUGUAUAUAAUGUAAAUAAAUGAGUUUUUUAAUUGUA